GAUUUUGAGCGCGUUCACGGCGGCACCGAGCAGGAAAGUUUAGUCCUAUUUCACGGUUUCACGAUGGAAACCGACACCAGUGUCACUUUGUUGAUAAUGUAUGAGGACGAGUCGGUGGAUGUUCGUUACGGUAACAGAGCGCAGUUACAGCUGUCACCGUGUGGCUGUGAAUUCACGCUGGUGAAACCCGCAGACCCCCGAGAACAUCCGCUGCUGCCCCCCGAGAGAGUCCGACAGAGGAGCAGGUUCACUAUCAGCACCUACAAGGAGCUGGUGGUAGCUGCCUUGGAUUUCAGGAAUAAGUAUGCUAGUCACCCAUAUCUGCCAGAGGAACUCAUCCCUGCUGACCGCAAGAAGCCUUUUUUCAGUAUUGAUUCAGCUGUGCAGUGGCCUGAGUCGACAUCCUAUGAGCCUGAAUUUGGACCCCGAGGCGAGACAAUGGUCAGGUCAGAGGACGGACAAGCAGCGUUGGUGCUGUCACCCUCAGGUGAAGAGUUCACCGUCGAGUUCACAUGUAGCCUCAGUCACAACCAGCCCCACAACAUGCAGUGUUUAGGCAGAGAUGCUGAUAGCAGUCAGCAGCAAGGGAGCAGUCUGAUUUGUGACAGCAUCAGUGAUCACGCAGAGGAGGUUAAUCAGGGAAGGAGAAGCAGAAGGAAAGAGCUGGCUUAAUCAAGGUCUCCUCAGAUCGUCAGCACUGCUCAGCCAAAGGUAAAGGCUCUUCGUAAUAUUCAUGUGCUUAGGUCUCAGAUUUGAUAGCAUCAAUAAUUUGGCUACUCUACCCAGCCUGAACAGAUAUAUCAGUCUACCACAGUGGUGCAACGUCACUCUUGCUGU